AUGGAAUUCAAGACGAUGAGGCUUCAACGUGAUACACUUGCUGUAGCGGAGCAGGGAAAGCAGUACAAGCAGCUCUUGAAUCAGGAGAGGGCAGCACGAAAAGCUGUUGAGGAUAUCAGGAAGGAAAAGACUACUAUGGUAUAUGAUCAAACUGAGAAUUGUGAUGAUAGCGAGAAGAAAAAACAACAUGAAAAAGAGCGACUCCAACGAGAGAUUGAAACAAGGGCCAAGGAGGCAGAACUGGAACGGCUCCGGAAGCUCCGAGAAGAGGCGGAGAAGCAACGAUGCAAGGAACAGGAGGCCCAGAAGAAACUGAGAACGAUGGGAGUUUGCUGCAUGGGGUUCCGGUGGAUCAAGCAAGCUCAGGGGUAUCGAUGUGCUGGGGGUUCCUAUUAUGUUUCGAAUGCGAAAUUGGGGUUGUAG